CAACGGUAAGAUUUACUGUUUACUUCACCAAUGGCAGCCGUUCGAUCUGAUCUCUUUCUCCCCACAAUAUCAAAUUUCCAAAUUAAAUAUAUUAGUUAUUCUAGAAAAAGCAUCUGGGCGACACUGCGCAGGACAGCCUGACACCUUCAUCCUCUGUGUGUGUGUGUGUGAGAGAGAGAGAGAGAGAGAGAGAGGGCUUUUGAUUUUGAAUGAGAUUUGUUGCUGUUGCUGUUGUUGUUGUUGUUCUCUGUCUUCUUCUUCCGUUAAAAGCCCUACUUCUCUCUUGGUCAUUGUUUCUAGCUUGCAGCUCCAAACACAGAGAGCUAGAGCGGACAUUGUGGGUCUUGUGAAGAUCAAGCUUUCUGAGUUUCUUGAGAGAGAGAGAGAGAGACUGUGUUCUGGGUUGCUUUUAUAAGUUUCUUUUUCUGAGUGUUCAAUUGUGGGUUUCUUGAGUAAGAUUUUCAAGAGAGAGAGAGAGACUGUGUUCUGGGUUGCUUUCUGCAGGGAUUAAUUAAAGGGUUGUGGGCUUCCAAUGACAGUGAAAGGCCAAUAAGCAAAUUGAGUUUCAACAGCCCAGUUAUCUGUUUGAUUUGUGAAAAUCAUGGUAGAAGACGGUGGUGGCGAUGUUCUGGCUGAUGCUCAGUCGACUGAAGAGUGGUUGUCGCGAGCCCGGGAGCUUGUUCCUCUUGCGCUUGAGAAGGCCAGGGAGGUUAAGGGGUUCCCUGGAAAAUGGAAGAUGAUAAUUUCGAAGCUCGAGCGAAUCCCUGCUCAUCUCUCCGAUUUGUCCAGCCAUCCUUGCUUUUCCAAGAAUGCACUGUGCAUGGAGCAAUUGCAAGCGGUUUCAAAGACCUUGAAUGAAGCAAUUGGAUUAGCAGAGUUGUGUGUUGUUGAGAAAUAUGAGGGGAAGCUUCAGAUGCAGAGCGAUCUCAAUGCCUUGAUUGGGAAAUUGGAUUUGAAUUUGCGCGACUGUGGACUCUUGAUCAAGACUGGGGUCCUAGGGGAGGUCACCUUAUCGACCCCAACCGCUGCAGUGAGUUCUUUGGCCGAAGCAGAGGCUACUGCCACUGGCAACAUUAGGGAAUUGCUGGCCCGGCUUCAGAUUGGCCACUUGGAGGCCAAACACAAAGCCCUGGACAACCUCAUUGAGCUCAUGAAAGACGAUGAGAAGGAUGUUUUGGCUGUUCUAGGGCGGACCAACAUUGCAGCUCUGGUCCAGUUGCUCACGGCAACUUCUCCUAGGAUCCGGGAAAAGACUGUCACGGUUAUCUGCUCGCUGGCAGAAUCCGGGAGUUGUGAGAAUUGGCUCGUCUCAGAGGGCGUUCUUCCCCCCCUUAUUAGGCUUGUCGAGUCUGGCAGUGCCGUGGGGAAAGAAAAGGCUACGAUCUCGCUCCAGAGAUUAUCAAUGUCAGUUGAAACUGCCCGUUCAAUUGUUGGGCAUGGUGGGGUACGGCCACUGAUCGACGUAUGUAGAACUGGCGACUCGGUUUCACAGGCUGCAGCCGCAUGUACUUUGAAAAACGUAUCUGCCGUAGCAGAAAUGAGGGGAACUCUUGCAGAAGAAGGGAUUAUAAAGGUUAUGAUCAACCUCCUCGAUUGUGGGAUACUACUGGGAUCGAAAGAAUAUGCAGCCGAAUGCUUGCAGAAUCUGACUUCUGGCAAUGACAGUCUUCGCCGGUCUGUCAUCUCAGAAGGUGGGGUUCGAAGCCUGCUAGCAUACCUCGAUGGCCCUUUGCCCCAAGAAUCAGCAGUCGGGGCGUUGAGGAAUUUGGUCAGCUCCAUCUCUGUCGAUGCCCUGGUUUCGCUAGGUCUCCUUCCUUGUUUGGUCCAUGUCUUAAGGUCUGGAUCGCUUGGCGCUCAGCAGGCUGCAGCAUCAGCUGUUUGCCUGCUCUGCAGCUCAGCAGAGACCAAAAGACUGGUGAGCGACGCCGGCUGCAUUCCCUUGCUUGUCAAGAUGCUCGAGGCCAAAACAAACAGUGCCAGAGAAGUGGCUGCACAGGCCAUCUCAAGCCUGGUAGCCCUGUCACCGAACCGCAGAGAAAUCAAGAGAGACGACAAGAGCGUCCCCAACCUUGUCCAGCUGCUCGAUUCGAGCCCUCAGAACACUGCAAAGAAGUACGCAGUUUCAUCCCUCGUGUCACUCUCCUCGAGCAAGAAAUGCAAGAAGCUGAUGAUAUCGUAUGGCGCGAUAGGGUACCUGAAGAAGCUGACAGAGAUGGAAGUCCCCGGCGCCAAGAAGCUGCUCGGCCGGCUGGAGAGAGGGAAGCUGAGGGCUCUGUUCAGCCGGAAAUAGAAGUAAAUAUUCUUUCUCAUCGUCCCAUUGUAGUGUACUAGCCUUUGUUGUUUCAUUAUCUUCAUGAAACAGACAAGUACAAAUGAGAUGAACUAAGAGUAGAAUCAAUGUACAAGCUUAGCUUGGAUUGCUUGCUAACUUAUGGUAUCAAAUGCUAUCUCAUCCAGAAAUGUAUAAUUCUGUCUAUUUGUUGCAACAAUUCUUGUGGUUAUGGUGAUUUCAUUUGA